CAUACUCAAACGCCGCCACUCCUCCGGUUCUCCUCGUUCUUGGCAGCAGAGCGGGAUGACUGAUGGACGCAGAAGCUGUUCAAGUGCACGUUCUGAAAGGAGACAAAGCCGGCGAGUGGUGGAAGUUCACCGUCAACAUCAUUUCCGUCUACAAACAAGGUGAGCACCGCAUCCGCCGCGGGGACCAGCUGCUGUGGGUGCGCGCCAAGGACGUGGCCUGCAAAUGCCCCAAGAUCAAGCCCGGGAGGAAGUACCUGCUCCUGGGCACAGACGACGACUCCCCCGGGCAGAGCGGCGUGGUUGCGGACAAGGGGAGUCUGCUCAUCCCCUGGAAGGACCUGUGGGGCCGCCGGCUGAGGAAGUUCCAACAGCGCGACAAGAGGGGAAAGUGCUAAAAGUAGCUGGAGAGGGGAGGAAGAGAGAGAGAGAGAGAGAGAGAGCUUGAGGUAGAGGUGGAGGCAAAAAUAACGCCUCUAUUCUGGGAUGGAUGCAAGGAGGAGGAGAGGAUGGAUGGGUUCAAAAAUAAACUGGAAGAAUAAAAAGAUGGAGAGAGACACAGGGGAAAAGUAGGAGAGACGGGGAAUGACUGAGUGCUGCUGCUCUGAGGUGGAGCGAAGAGAUUAGAUUGUUUUUUAGGGAACUUUUGUGAAGGAGCUCAUUCUACAACUUUCUGUUCGUCUUUCAAGGUUUGUUUUGUAGUGUAAUUGCAGAGUUUGCACCUAAUAUUGCAGAUAUGUCACAUCCUGACUAUUUCACCCCACGACGCCGUUUCCCCUCGUUCGGCUGUUUUGAAGAGCGAUGCGUCCGCUGUGUCACCCAGAGGAUCUUUUUCCUCUGUGUCCAAGAAGAGUCACAGCACGCCACCGCAGGACUCCACUCAUGCAUGAGCCAAACUUUGGAGAAACUUUUUCAGCAGCUGAAAGUGAUAAAAUUGUGAAAUAGCUUGUAACUGUGGUCAGAUUUUACCUGAGGACCCUCGGCUCAUAUAGCUGUUUUCAGACGUGUACUCCGGAGAAUCUCCGCAAAAUGCAGGAGAAGCUCCGCAGCCCCCUCUGGAGAAUGUCCGGAGCUCAGAGCAGCGUCUGAAAGCAGCUUAUAUCCGAGUGUCACCUCGGUGUUGCGGGAACAAAAUGCCAUAUGACGAUCCUCUCCUCAUUCUGUACAAUGAUCUAUUUACAUGCAAGUAUCGAUGUAUCAGCAGUUUGUUGUGGUUGUGACCUCUGCGAUGUAAAGUAACCACAUGUGCAUACAUAGACAUUUUAAGUAGAUGGUGCCGUAGCAUCAACUAGACGUAGAGUAGAACGUGUCAACCAUGCACUUACUUUCACUAGUCAGGACGUUUUAGAACAUAUGAGAUAUGUUCAAGAUUAUUUUUAGCGUGGCGUCCGAAAAAGAAAGGAAUCCCAACCUGUACAGAUAAACACCCAGCUCACGUCACAGCUCAAAUGUGUCACGGCCACGGAGACGUCUCACACAAGAGCAUAAACACGAGUGGAAGGUAACUCUGCUCGUUUCACUGCCAACGUCCGUUACUACUCAUUUGGCUUUUACAGUCACGUGGUGGCAUUUUAAGUUUUGUGUGAGACGUCUCGGAUUUUAAGUCCGACGUCCCAAAAUAUUUGCAGGUGAGCGUUGGUGAAGUCUCACGAAAAUAUCGACCUAUCACAGCAAAUCCUCAAACCACUGACACGCUGCAUGCUCACUAUUUACUGUUGCUGCCUAACAACGAUUGUGAAUUAUGUACACAUUUCAUUUGUAUCCAGUAUUCGGUGUGGUCGGAGAAGAACCUGUGGAGCGAUGGAAUAUCACGUUUUAUCGUGCGAACGUUCGUCACCUCAAAGCGUUGUGUUGACGAUCGGACUUCCGCCAUCAAGACUUGGUACUCGACAAAAAGGCAUGAGCGAAUGUCUACGUGUUAUAUAGCUGUAUAGUAUUACUUUUUGUUGUUGUUAAACAUUAACUAGAUGAUCUCCAUGUGAACUUAACCAGACUCUUUAAAUGCUACAAGCUUAACAAAUGGAAAGACAAAUAAAUGAAUGUCAGAGAAAAAUAAUGUCGUGUUUACCACACACACACACACAC